AUGGAUCUCGCCCGGCUCUUCAACCUCUUCAUCGAUUUGUUAUUCGAGCUCUGGCCAAUCUUCGCAGCCAUGUUUCGCUAUAUCCUCUACGCGUACUUGGUACUAGGCCCUCUGUACCUGAUCUACAAACCGCCUCGUCGGCUCAUCGCCUGUUUUCGACGCCGAUGGCCCGAUGUGCUAUUCUACCAUCCCAUCGAGCAGAAAGUGAUUGCCUUGACUAUUGACGACGCCCCCUCGGCACAUACAUCCAAGAUUCACCGUCUGUUGCAGUGCCACCAUGCAACCGCGACGUUCUUCGUCAUUGGAUCCCAAGUAGACGGCCACCGAGACGAUCUGGUAGACCUUGUCCGCGGCGGGAACGAGCUCGCCAACCACGCCAUGCACGAUGAACGAUCCCGUUCACUCAGUUAUGUGGUUCUCGCGGAGCAAAUCUCCUCCGUCGAGCACAUGAUUCGGGAUAUCUACCGACAGGCUGAGCAGUCCGAUGCGCCGGAGAACUGGUUCUUCAGGCCUGGCUCGGGAUUUUUCAGCACACGGAUGCGCAAGCUUGUCAGCCACAUGGGGUAUCAGCUUGCGCUGGGCGAUGUGUAUCCGCAUGAUGCGCAGAUUCGGCUCGCAAGUCUGAAUGCGAAACACAUCCUGAGCCAAGUCAAGCCGGGCAGUAUAGUCGUGUGUCAUGAUCGGAGAGAAUGGACUCUGCCCAUGUUGAGCGUAGUACUGCCCGAGCUGCGUCGUCGGGGAUAUCGUGUGGUUACGCUGUCUGCUUUGUUGAGAGAGAGAAUGUAUCAGUAA